AUGACACUCCUCGGCUUGGGUCGUUCGCAAGCUCGCUCGUCUGCUUCAAGAAUCUUCCAAUCCGCCUCCCCUAGCAAGCCAAUUGCCGCGCUCGCCAUGUCGCGCUACUCGUCCACCUCUACCAAGAGCGGUGGCAUCGGCAACGGCCCCAUGUACGAGGGCCAAAGCGCCAUGCCUCACCUCCCCGUACCCGCUCUCGAGCAGACUUUGAAGAAGUACCUCCGCACCACUGUCCCGCACCAGACCCAGGAAUCGCUCGCCAAGACCGAACAGGCCGUCGAGUCGGCUCUCUCCGGUGCUGACGCCAAGCUCGUCAAGACGCUCCAGCAGCGUCUCGAGGACCGCGCCUCCAAGGAGGGCCGCGAGAGCUGGCUGAGCGAAUGGUGGAACGACGCCGCCUACAUGGCCUACCGUGAUCCCGUCGUUCCCUACGUCAGCUACUUUUACGCGCACAAGGACGACAAGACGCGCCGCACCGGCCCCAAGCGUGCUGCGGGCUUGCUCAAGGCUUUCCUCGCCUUCCGCCGCCUCGUAGAAACCGAGCAGCUGGCUCCCGAAAAGGGCAAGACGGGCCCGCUCUGCAUGAGGUCGUACAAGUGGAUGUUCAACUCGAACCGUAUUCCUGAAAAGCCGUCGGACACCGCCGUCAAGUACGACUGGCAGGCCAACAACCACCUCGUGGUGCUGCGCAACGGUCACUUUUACGAGUUCGACCUCAUCCACAACGGCCAGGAGCUCAGCGAGGCCGAGAUCGAGUCGCAGCUGCAGAAGAUCCUCUCGGACUCGGCUUCAAGCAAGCCCGCCGCCCAGCCUAUUGGCGCGCUCUCGUCCAACAACCGUGACAAGUGGACCGACUCGCGCAAGGCGCUCGCCUCGAUCCCGGGCAACCAGAAAGCGCUGGAGCGCAUCGACAGCUCGGUCAUCGUGGUGUGCCUAGACGAGACGGCGCCUGUCAGCAUCGAGUCGACCGCAUGGGGGCUGUGGUGCGGAGACGGCAAGAACCGCUUCUUCGACAAGCAGCAGAUCAUCACUUUUGCCAACGGCAAGUCUGGCUUCAUGGGUGAGCACUCGAUGAUGGACGGCACGCCCACGCUGCGUCUCAAUGAUUUCGCCCUGCAGGCGUUGCAGGCAGGCAAGAUCGAUCUCGGCAGCUCGAACCGUACCGACCUGCCGGUACCCAAGCAGAUCCAGUUCAAGACGGACAAGACGGUGGAGGCGCAGAUCGCCGAGAGCAUCAAGGCCUUUGACGAGCUCAUGGGCCGUCACGAUCUGGCCAUCCUCGACUUCCAGGGCUACGGCAAGGGCGCGAUCAAGAAGUUCAAGUGCUCGCCCGAUGCGUGGGUGCAGAUGGUGAUCCAGCUUGCGUACUUCAAGAUGUACGGCAAGCCGUGCCCGACGUACGAGUCGGCGCAGACGCGAAAGUUCAAGUGGGGACGAACCGAGACCAUCCGUUCGGCCAGCGUCGAGUCCUUGGCGUUCUGCAAGGCCAUGGAGUCGCACAGCGCUUCGGACGCCGAGCGAUACGAGAAGUUCCAGGCGGCUGUCAAGCAGCACCUCUCGUACGCCACCGCCGCUGCGGACGGUCAGGGUGUCGACCGCCACCUGUUUGGUCUCAAGAAGCUGCUCAAGGAGGGCGAGAAGCUUCCGGCGCUCUACGAGGACCCCGCGUACGGUCUGAGCUCGACGUGGAAGCUGUCGACGUCGCAGAUCUCGUCCGAGGUGUUCGCCUGCUGGGGCUUCGGUGAGGUGACGCCGGAGGGCUUUGGAUGUGCUUAUGCCAUCAAGGAGAAUGCGUUGACGUUCACGCUGACUUCGCUCAAGCUGGGUGCGGCUGAUCUGCGACACUACAUCAACGAGGCUGCUUUGGAGCUGAGGGAUCUGCACUUGCGACUGCAGCAGAACGAGGCUCCCAAGAGCAAGGCUUGA